GAGUUUGUUGCCAUGCCUCUUCGAGAACCACGUGUUUGUCCGGAGGGAAACAAAUGCAAGCCCGCCACAAAGCUCAAGUUGUUUUCAGGUGUGCGGGGAUUGAAUGACCUGUCAUCACAUCGAUCGCCUUCUCGUUCUUUGAAGCAAAAGCAGAGAUGGAUGCAGCGAGCGAGGAGUUACCCGCCGAUCACGAAUUCAACGGUACGAAAGAGUCGUGUGUUGAUGCCGAGAAAACCGAAAAGACGUAUCUCGAAGCUGGCGUGUCAUGCAACGGUCGCGAACCUUCGUUGAGCGACGUUGAUUCGCAGGUGGGAGUGGGAAUGCAGAGCGGACGCAACGGGCACUUGGACGUCGUUCCGCAGGAAACGGCAUGUCAAUUGUCGCCUGCAUCGUCUGCAUACGACGGCAUCCCUGUAGACAUUACAAUGCAAGCUGAUGGCGAGCAGCCUUUGGUUGACGGGACUGGUUCUAACAACAACAUUGAGUCGGGGGAUUUCACAACAGUUAACUUGGUCGCAGUUGCGCGACAACGUAGGUAAAUCAUCGAAUGACAGCGACGGCGCAGAGCGAGACGUCGUAGACUUGAUGCGUGAUAUCGUGGGCCGUGUCGCCAACUGCAUCGAAGACGAUGCAGCGGUGCCGUGUUCAUCCAUGGACACCGACGCGCAAAAUCAGCCCGAAGAUGUGGUGGAUGGAAGCGCGGGCUCUCCCAGGAACGCGCAAGUGCUCUCCAAAACGCCUCGGGUAUCGUACCGAGACAACGAAGAGGACGUGUCAAGCGACAGCACGUCGUCCUCUUCGUCCUCCGACAGUGACGUCGAAGUCGUGACGCCGAUGCGGCGCGGCGCCACCAAAGGAGACGACUCCGACUGCUGCUCGGACGGCGGCGAAGUCGGCGGCCAGCGGACGACGACCAAGCCACGGUUUCAGGGCCGCGGCGGUGGCAGACCCCGAAACCGCGGCAUCAAGACCCCCGGCGAGCUCGACAUCGACGACCUGCCUCCCAUCGAGGACUUGCACAUCACGCUGCCGCGCACCGAGCUCCGGCAGGCGGGCCACGUGAAGCACGCCGUCGACCAGCUGCUCGUGGUGGAGAGCGAACCGGGUCAGCCCGUGCUCGACCUGGACUCGGUGCUGUUCCGGGCCGAUGGCACGGCACUGGGGCGCGUCUUCGACGUGCUGGGCCCCGUGGCGGCGCCCUACUACGCGGUGCGCUUCAACUCUGCCCAGGAGCUGACCGAGCGCGCUCUGGAGCCGGGCGAGCCGGUGCUGUACGCCCCGUUGCACGCGGACGUCACGCAGUACGUGCUCGAGUCGGAGAUCCGCAAGCAGCGCGGCUCGGACGCCUCGUGGGAGAACAACAACGAGCCACCGCCCGAACACCUGGACUUCUCGGACGACGAGCAGGAACGCGAGGUUCGCAAGCAGCUGCGCGCUGCGCGGGCCGCUUCGUUCAACAACAAAGCCGAUCCUGCUGGUGGAGACCAAAGGCCUCGCGGUGCUUCGAGAGGCCGGGGAAGGGGCAGAGGUGUGCCCAGGGGCGACAGAGAGCCGCAACCGGAGUCAGCCAAUGGGGCUGCGCAUCUGUACAACGAGGGACCUCCGAGGCCCGAUCAGUUCUACAAUAAUCGCAGUAGGCCUCAGUGGCCACCUUCGUGGAGCCCGCAGCAGCGCUGGCCCGGUCACGGUUCGCCGGUGAGGUUUCGGCCUAACCCACCACCGCCUCCGUCGUGGCCUGCGAGCCCGCAGGGCAACGAUAGGGUCCCAAACGUUUGGAACACCCCACCGCCUUCUUUGCCCUGGCAGCACAGCGGGCCAUGGCCUAACAGGCCUCCUAUGUUUCCAGACUUGAGAACCCCACCUCCCAACUUCGGUCGUGCAGUGCCGCCUCCUUCCCAUCCUCAAGCAGCUUUCCCGAAUCCCCACGGACUACAUGCCAACACGCCUACUGGUAGUUUGAGCUACCAGCAGGCUGGUGCAGCGAGCCAGCACGAUCCCAAUUCUCUACCGUCGCCUGUUUACAACAGCACGGGGCAGAGGGUCUCCUUGUACGACCCUGUGCCGGACCUUCAGCGAAUUCUCGCCACACCACCACCGAGACGCUAAGGGACGGUGGCAUAACACACUGUUGUUCUCGGUGUGGUUCAUGUGUUCCAUUGAAGAUACUUUCUCAGUUUUCAUAACAGUGAUGUAAUCAUGCCUGACUCUUUCAUGUGGUGAUUUCAAGACCUUGAUGUUUGAAACA